GCGCCUGAGUGUUCUAAUAAGUUUUUUUAAUAUUUUUUUAUUGAUAUUAUGUAUGUAAGUGACCAGCUGUUUGUGAUUUGUUGGGAUUAACACAGCCUGCGGAAGCCAACAAUGCAGCUUUGUUGCUCAAAAGAGCUUAAGACAUCAAGUGACCGGAGGUGUAGAAACUCCACGCUCUCCUUUUUCUGGUCCCGCUUCUCUUUUCUCCAACAUUCUCUCUCCACGGAGGCCAAGUGUACGGCUCACUUGCAGCUAUGGCGAUACGCAUUCAGCGCAGAUCAAGCCGACCGAUUGCUGAUUCUGCGAUCUGACGAGACACCGGAGGCGUCCUUCAUGUCAGGCCAAUGCGAGACGAGGGAGUCGGCCUUUAAGAAGAAGCGGCAGCGGCAAUGACAGUGACCUACUCUCGCAGAGUGGCUGACGCAGGCCUCGGCACUUUCUUCCACCUGUUACUGCGCUGGAAAGGCAGCAUCUAUAAGCUCCUCUACAGGGAGCUCAUCAUCUUCACCUUGCUCUACUGCUUCUUCAGCAUCGGUUAUAGGUUUGUGUUAAAUGUUGAGCAGAAGAGGCAGUUUGAGAAGCUGUCCAUAUACUGUGACCGCUACGCAGAGCUCAUCCCAGUGUCCUUUGUUCUCGGUUUCUAUGUGACCUUGGUGGUGUCCCGCUGGUGGGGUCAGUUUGAAAACGUCCCCUGGCCAGACCGCCUGGCAUCACUGGUGGGAGGUCACGUGCGCGGAGCAGACGAGGCCGCCAGGUUGACCCGGCGCACUCUGGUGCGGUACGCCAAUCUCUCCGGGGUGCUCAUCUACCGUUCGGUCAGCACGGCCGUCUAUAAGAGGUUCCCCACCAUGGAGCACUUGGUGCAAGCAGGUUUGAUGACAUCAGAGGAACUGAGGCAUCUGGAGGACUUGCCCUCCCCCCAUAACAAGUUCUGGGUUCCCUGCAUGUGGUUUGUGAGUCUGGCUUUGCGGGCCCGGACUGAGGGUCGCAUCAACAACGACGUGGCUCUCACAGCCAUCCUCACUGAGUUGAACAGUUUACGUGCAAAGUGCAUGAAGCUGUACGGAUAUGAUUGGAUCAGCCUGCCUCUUGUGUAUACUCAGGUGGCAACGGUGGCAGUCUACAGCUUCUUCCUAGCUUGUCUGAUUGGUCGUCAGUUCUUAGACCCGGGCCAAGGCUAUCCCGGACACGACCUGGACUUCUAUUUGCCCGUUUUCACGCUGCUGCAGUUUUUCUUCUAUGUUGGCUGGUUGAAGGUGGCAGAGCAACUCAUCAAUCCUUUUGGCGAAGACGAUGACGACUUUGAGACGAACUGGCUUGUCGAUCGCAAUUUACAGGUAUCUUUGCUGUCUGUGGAUGAGAUGUACGACAGCCUCCCUCUAGUUGAGAAGGACAUGUACUGGAAUGAGUCCGAGCCUCGCCCUCCCUACACUACUGCCAGCGCAGAUCACUGCAAACCGUCAUUUAUGGGUUCGGCUUUGGAUAUUAGUGUUCCUAAAGAGGAAAUGGAGUUUCAGUCCAAUUUGGAGCAGAUUAAAGAAAACGAGGAAGCCAACUACUCCACUCCGCUGUUGGGAGGUUUGGGUCGCUUCCUGGGUGUCCAGUCCCCCAGCUUCCCUCGCUCUUCUCGGGUCUCCCUGCUCCGGCGCCGUCCCGGAGCCCCAUUGAGUCGAUUCCCCCUGUACUUACACCCAGAAGCUCAGUCGGUCACCAACCAAGCCCGCCAGCCCUUAAAUGCAGAUCGAGAUCAGGAUUAUGUCUUCUCCGGGAUGCCCUUAUAUGAGAGAGCAGGCUUCUACAGUUGCCCCCAGACGCCAAUCCAUUGCGUUCCCCCAGCAAUGCCCCGACCUCGACCUGCCCGGCGACUUCUGAAUGAAUGGGAUCAGAGCUGCAGCUCCCUCGCGCCUCAGACUGUCGGCUCACAGCUUCUACCCCCCAACACCCCCAGUCACAAUCCGCCACCAUCGUCGGCUUUCCCCUGGCUGAGCGAGGACGGCGAAACGUCCGCCGCCCCGGCCUUCUCCUUCCCCGACCCUCCGCCCGAGCUUUGUCCCAUAUCCAAACUCCGACGUGGACACGGCCUGCUGUCUCGCCGGCCUCCUCUUCCGUGCCUGACACUGGAAACGUUGCCGUCCGCCGACAGCCAGGCGGGACCCCAGAGCGCUAGAGCGACAGGAAGCGGGGGAGAAAGGGUGUUCUCGUUCACCCCUCCCUAUCGUCAUGGACCGGCAAAUCCAAAUAAUCCUAACAGUAGCUCGAGCAGUAUUAAUGUGACAAGCAGCAGCGGCGCUGGCACGACAGGAAAUCUUCUCAACACCAACAAUCUUAGCAGCUUUGGUAACUUUGCGGCCAAUGUUAAGGCCAGCAACGGUGGGCUCAAUACAAUGACCGCACCCAGCUCGAUGCCUUCGCAACAAGAAGCCAAUCAGCAAAAUUCCCCUAAUGAUUCUGGAAUCUCAUUGGCUGAAGGAGACUUGCUGGGCGUGCUCGUAGAUGGCGGCGGAAACAAAGCAGCAACGAGCAGGAAGCAGGACUAA